AUGGAUUCGUUACCAACAGAACCGUUGGACCAUAAAAAGGCAGUCGCCCUGAUAUCAGGUGCGACCGCCGGUCUCUGCGUUGAUCUUACGCUCUAUCCCCUCGACACCAUCAAGACGAGGCUGCAGAGUGCUGCUCGGUCAGUCAAGCCCUCUGGCAAGCUUCAACUGUUCGCUGGCCUUCCCGCCGUUGCUCUCGGUUCUGCUCCCUCGGGUAUGUUUAUGCAUUUGCGUGCAAUGUUUCUUCACUCUGGCAGCCUUGUUAUGCCUAUCUGA